AUGGUGCAAACCUUGCAAGUUUGUUACAACCAACACUCUCCAAUUUUGUAUCCAACAAAAUCCAAGACAUAUGGAACCAUUCCUGGCUCUUCUUCUAAAUGUCAGUCUUUGGUUGAUUCUAAUCCUUGUUCUAAUAAUACUAAGCAAACUUGUGAGUACACCAUUAUCUAUGGUCAUAAAUCAACUUCACAAGGAGAUUUUAGUAUUGAAACCUUCACUUUGAAGUCCAAAAAUGGCUCUCCCAUCUCAUUUCCAAACAUUGUCAUUGGAUGUGGACAUAACAAUACACUUCCAUUUAUGUUUACAGAGCCAAAUGCCGGCACAAUUGGCCUUAUAGGUGGCCAUCUUUCUCUAAUAACUCAAAUGGGUUCUUCAAUUGGUGGGAAGUUCUCCUAUUGUUUGGUGCCAAUGUUUCUAGAUCCUAACACCUCAAGCGAACUCAAUUUUUGUGAUGCUGCUAUUGUUUCUAGAAAGGGGGCUGUCUCAACUCCCAUAGUCCAAGGUCUCUUAAUCUUGGAAGCAUUUAGUGUGGGAAACAAGAGAAUAGAGUUUGGAAACUCUUCCUCUGGAUCUAUUCAAGAGGGAAAUACCUUAAUUGACUCAGGCACAACAAUAAGUUUUUUGCUAGAUGAUGUUUACUACAUACUAGAACAAAUAGUGAAGGAUGUGGUUAAACUAAAUCCUAUUGAAGAUCCUACUCAAUUAGGAUUUAGUCUUUGCUACGAAACUACGACGUUACAACUGCUGGUGAUGCGUGCACCAUGCGUGCAGAGCCAUGCUUUUGGCACAUCAGAGAAGGAGGCACGCAUGCAUCUUGAAUGCAUGCAAGUUAUCUUACCUUUCUAUGCACAAAUGGAAGUUUGGUUUAUAAUGUUACCGGGAGAGAGAAUUCUUGACUUGCAAAAGAGGUUCACCCACUUAACUAAUCAUUUAAUUGCUCUUGGUAAAGAAUUUACUAACAAAGAUUUGAAUUUGAAGGUUCUUAGAUCUUUGACAAGGGCUUGA